AUGUAUCAAAUUGGCAACAUCUACGGCAUUACUGCCAUUGCAGUUAUUGGUGGUGGUUUGUUUGGCUUCGACAUCUCUUCUAUGAGUGCUAUCCUGCCCACCCAACAAUACCGAUGCUUCUUCAAUCAGGGCCCUAACGGUCCGGAAUACUCAGGGGACCCAAACGAGAAAUGCUCAGGUCCUAGUCCUAACGUACAGGGUGGAAUCACAGCCGCCAUGCCCGGUGGCUCUUUUCUUGGCGCUCUCAUCUCCGGUUACCUCACGGACAGGCUCGGUCGUCGCCGUGCCAUUCAGAUCGGUUGUCUCAUCUGGGUUAUCGGUUCUAUCAUCUCUUGCGCAGCUCAGAAUAUCGGCAUGCUCAUCGUCGGCCGAUUCAUCAACGGCCUCUCUGUCGGUAUCUGCUCGGCCCAGGUUCCCGUCUAUGUCUCCGAACUGGCUCCUCCCUCCAAACGCGGAAGAGUAGUUGGCAGUCAGCAGUGGGCUAUUACGUGGGGAAUCCUUAUCAUGUACUACAUCUCCUACGGGUGCACAUUCCUUAAGGGAGAGAAGGCUUUCCGCGUUCCAUGGGGAAUCCAGAUGCUUCCUGCUGUUAUUCUCGCCAUUGGUCUCCUAUUUCUCCCUGAGUCACCCAGGUGGCUUGCUCGCAAGGACCGUUGGGAAGAAUGCCACCAGGUCUUGACCCUUGUGCACGGCCAGGGAGAUCCCAACUCGCCGUUUGUUUCCCUUGAAAUGGCCGAGAUCAAGCAGAUGAUCGAUUUCGAGAGGCAGAACGCCGAUGUUUCCGUCACAGAGCUGUUCAAACCUCGCAUGCUCAAUCGCCUCCACAUCGGUAUCUUUACGCAGAUCUGGUCUCAGCUAACGGGCAUGAACGUAAUGAUGUACUACAUUACAUAUGUCUUUGGAAUGGCAGGCCUCACUGGUAAUAUUGGACUGAUUGCUUCCUCCAUUCAGUAUGUCAUCAAUGUCCUCAUGACUAUCCCUGCUCUGAUAUGGAUGGACCGCUGGGGUCGUCGUCCCAUGUUCGUAAUCGGUGCUGUCCUUAUGAUGAUCUGGAUGUUUGCAAACGCUGGGCUCAUGGCCUCAUACGGAUCCCCCGCUCCUCCCGGUGGUCUCGACAACAUCGCCGAGCAGUCUUGGCAAAUACACGGUGCGCCUGCCAACGCUGUCAUUGCUUGCACAUACCUCUUUGUUGCAUCCUAUGCACCUACUUGGGGCCCUGCGUCCUGGGUAUACCCCCCGGAGUUGUUCCCUCUCCGCGUGCGUGGCAAGGCUGUUGCUCUCACCACGUCCUCUAACUGGAUCUUCAACUUUGCCCUUUCGUACUUCGUGCCACCCGCAUUCGUUAACAUCCAGUGGAAAGUCUACAUCAUUUUCGGUGUCUUCUGCGCAGCUAUGGCUGUGCAUACCUUUUUCAUGUUCCCCGAGACGGCUGGAAAGACGCUUGAAGACAUCGAGGAGAUGUUUUUGGAUGGUGUUCCUGCCUGGAAGACUAAGGUUGACUACAGCAAUUCUCGCCGUGCUGAGCAGGGUGUUGUUGACCCGGAGAAGAUCGGUGGCUUUGACCACAGCUCGAUCAAGAUGGAGAACGCUGAUGUUCAGACUAAGGCUUAG